UUUAACGUUUGCAUAUAUAUAUAUAUAUAUACACACACGAACCUAAACACACACACAGAGGAUACAUCUAGCUACAAACUCAAAUACACCAUAUGGACCAUCACCUCCUUGAGUUCCAAUCCAUUGUAGCACUGAUCUUUACUUUCAUCAUUCUUUACAAACUAUGGUGUAAUACCACUUCAAAAAGCUCCAUUAACACCAAACAAAAGAAACCACCUCAGCCUUUUUUUGCUUUACCAGUGAUAGGCCACUUGCACUUGUUCCUCAAUCGCCAACCUUUUUAUCUCACGUUGGCCGACAUGGUUGAUAAGCUUGGCCCGGUGUUCAUGCUCCAACUUGGCUCCCGGCGCACUCUGGUCAUCAGUAGUUGGGAUGUGGUCAAAGAAUGCUUCACCAUUAAUGAUAAAGCUUUCUCCUCCCGGCCAAUCACAGCUGCCACUAAAUACAUCUGUUACAACGGUGCCAUGGUUGGCUUUGCUCCUUAUGGCUCUUACUGGCGUUCUAUCCGCAAGAUCGCCACCACUGAGCUCCUCUCCAACACUCGCCUUGAUAAACUCAAGCAUGUCAUGUUGGCAGAGAUUGAUACAUGCAUUAAAGAACUACACAACCUCUGUGACAAUAAUAGCAAUAAUAAUAGGGUUGAUAUGAAGAAAUGGUUUGGAGAUUUGAACUUCAACGUAGUGCUACAAAUGGUGGUUGGAAAACGGUUCUUUGGUUCCGGUGGUGGCUCUGAUGAGGCUUGGAAGUUUAGAAAGGCAGCACAUCAAUGGUUUCACCUUAUCUUUGUCUCAGUACCAUCGGACAUGUUCCCAUGGCUUGAGUGGAUGGAUCUUGGUGGUUAUGUGAAGGCGAUGAAGGCUGCAGCCAAGGAGAUGGACUGUGUUAUGGUUAAGUUACUGGAGGAGCACAGGGAGAGGAGAAGGAGGACUGUUUCAGGGGAGCCCUCCGGUCAAUCGGACUUCAUGGACGUGAUGCUUUCCAUCAUGGAGGAUGGCUUCCAGUUUGAAAACCAGCUUGAUUCUGACACUGUCAUCAAAGCUAACUCACUGGCAUUGAUACUUGGAGGAACAGACACUACAAGCACGUCCAUGACAAAGGUUUUGGGGUAUCUACUAAAGAAUCAGGAUGCAUUGAAGAAGGUGCAGACUGAGUUAGAUGAGCAGGUUGGUAAAGACCGAGUUGUGAACGAGUCAGACAUAAAGAAUCUGAUCUACCUCCAAGCAGUGAUCAAGGAGUCAUCCAGGUUAAGUCCUGCAUCUGAGUUUCUAGUCCCAAGAGAGACCACUCAGAAUUGCACUGUGGCCGGAUUCCAGAUCCCGGCCGGCACUCAGGUGAUGAUCCAUGCAUGGAAACUACACCGUGACCCACUUGUUUGGCCGGACCCAUUUGAGUUCCGGCCAGAAAGGUUGUUGGAAAGUGAUGCAGGAAUAAAGAUUGAUGUGAAAGGGCAUAACUUUGAGUUGGUUCCGUUUGGGGCUGGACGGAGAGCUUGUCCAGGGAUCUCUAUGGGUUUGCAUGUGAUGCACUUGACGUUGGCCAGGCUCAUGCAGGACUUUGAGUUUAGAGCAGUUGGAGAUGUCCCGGAUGAACUUUUUGAGGGUUUGUUCUCUUUGCCCUCUCACAAAGCUCAGUUGAUGGUGGACAUCACUCCACGUCGAUGUUCUCUCUAGAGCUUUACUAUAAACCCUAGUUAGGGUUUUAACCCAUGGAGUAACUUGUGUUUGUAAAUAGUGCUAUUGCCUUUAGAAAAUGUAAUCUGGCCGGGUACGUCCACAAAACAUCCCAUAUUAAUAAAUAGGAGAGAGGGUUAAAAUGAAAGAGAUAAGAACAAUUUGGUAGAUGAAAAGUAACAUGAACAAUGCCAUAUUAUUGUACCCGUUUAAAAUAGAUGUUUUUUCACGGUACUACUAUAUUAUUGUACCCGUUUAAAAUAGAUUGGU